AUUUUUUAGACAGCUUUGCUGUGACGACACUCCCAUGGUUCGUAGGGCGGCUGCCAGCAAGCUCGGUGAAUUUGCAACUGCCUUGGAGGCAGAGUUUGUCAAGUCAGAGAUUAUUCAACUUUGGUCUCAAUUCUUGUCCGAUGACCAAGAUUCAGUUCGAUUACUCGCUGUCGAGGCGUCAAUUGCCAUUGCUGGCCUGCUUAGCUCGGAAGAUAUCGAAGCACACAUGAUUAGCUGCUUGAAGCAAGCUGCCGAAGAUAAGUCUUGGCGAGUUCGCUACAUGGUCGCUGAUAAGUUCACCGAGAUUCAAAACGUCGUCGGUGCAGAAAUCACCAAAAGCGAACUUGUGACUUCCUUCCAAAACUUACUUAAAGAUCCUGAAGCCGAGGUUCGAGCAGCUGCGGCACAAAAAGUUCGUGAUUUCUCUCAGAACUUGCCCACCGAAGAUAGGGAGCAAAUUAUUAUGACUCACAUUUUGCCAUGCAUCAAGGAGCUGGUCGUCGAUCCUAACCAACAUGUCAAAACUGCUCUGGCCGGAGUCAUUAUGGGCCUCUCGCCAAUUGUGGGCGAGCAAAACACCAUCGAUCAGCUGUUGCCCAUCUUUUUGUCGAUGCUUAAAGACGAGUGCCCCGAGGUUCGCCUGAAUGUCAUCUCGAAGUUGGACUGCGUCAACGAAGUGAUUGGCGUUCAGCAGCUCAGUCAGUCGCUACUGCCUGCUAUUGUGGAGCUCGCCGAAGACAGCAAAUGGCGAGUUCGCCUAGCUAUCAUUCAGUACAUGCCCCUGCUUGCUGGCCAACUUGGUGUGGAAUUUUUCGAAGAGAAGCUAAACACUCUCUGCAUGGCAUGGCUUCUUGACCAAGUUUUUGCCAUUCGAGAGGCAGCAACUCUAAACUUGAAGAAACUUGUGGAGAAGUUUGGCGCCGAGUGGGCCCAAAACACAGUGAUUCCUAAAAUCAAUCAAAUGGCAUCUGAUCCCAACUACCUCCACCGAAUGACUUUCCUUUUCUGCAUCAACGUUCUAUCUAACGCUUGUGGCGCUGAUAUCACCACUAAGCUGAUGCUCCCUACAGUUUUGAGACUUGGAUCCGACUCUGUCCCCAACGUACGUUUUAACGUUGCGAAAACUCUGAAAAUUAUCAGCAAUGAUUUGGAGCAAAACACUGUUCAGACACAGGUGAAGCCGUGCUUGGAGAAACUGCAAAAUGAUGCCGAUAUUGAUGUGCGCUAUUACGCAAGCGAAGGACUUCGCUCUUUGUAG